GAAAUUAAUGAGUACUAAAAGUCUUCACUCUUUGUGUGUGCAAUAAUAACAAACAUCGUUGCUACCACGGCUCUUGAUUAAUUCUUCAGUCGUGAUGAAACGAAAAUGUUCGUAAGUGGAUUGAUGAAACAAAUAAAAAAUUCGAUGGUGCAAUAACAAACGUUUUAUGUCAUCAACAUAUGGUACAACCAUCUCUAUGUUUGGAUCUCAGCAUGGAUCAUAAUCAUCAACAAACUGAUUGUCAAUUACAGCUGCAAUUUAAUAGCUGUUAUCCAAAACAAGGUUUCAAUAUUCUAAACAGUGUCAAGAACUCUAUUCGAUACGUGUUUGCCGCCAACCACAUAAAAAGCAGAUUUUAAUGAAUGAAAAGCAAUAUUGUUUUUGCUAAAAGAAUCCACAUUGAUCUGUUAUAUAACGGAGUUUUUUUAAUGACAAUCAAAAUAAGGAAUAUCGAAUCGAAUUCUCAAAUAGCUUAAAUGUUUGUUGUUUUAUGGCUCUAACCAUAUGGAUAAGCAAGACAGUGUCCCAAAACACAAUAAAGGGAAGCGACCGUUUUUGGGGUUGCUAUCAAAACGAUCCUCCAAAGUGGAACCACAACGACUUACUGAGGACGAUCUCAGUAAUUUAUCGGAUACAACCACUAAAGCAACUAUCGCACAUAAACAAGAUGUUGCUGCUAGUUCCUCUAUUACUAAGCAAGAUUCGUGUAAUCAAAGUGAUAAUUCUUAUCAUCUUUUGUCUACUUCAUCUACUAUUACUACCAAUUCUUCUGCCGAGCCCUCUUCUUCGAAAACCACUAAUAGUUCGUCAUCAGCUCAAAAAGCUUCAUGCAGGCUAUCCCCAAGGGAUCAACGAUCAUCCAAUAUUGCUCGUAAUAAGCAACCAAAUCGAUACAGUGGUCAAUUUAAUUUAUGUUGUUCAAUUGAUGAGAGCUUAUUGAAGUCUCCCAAAAAGAAUCGCUUUUCUGACCCUCCACAGGAGAAUGCUAUCUCUAAGCAUGAUUCAUCAAUCCCGGUCGGAAAGCAUGAUGUCCAACAAACGCGUCAACGUCGAGAGCAGUUGAGAUUGGACCUGGAAGGUUGUACUGAAACGUAUACGCAAUUCACUUCUAUUAGCAACGGUGUUCAAAGUCGUCCACUAGAGUUUGGAUUCGUGGAGGCCGCAGAAGCAGAAACUGUAUCUGGUCAAGAACAAAAUAUUCAACAGAGUCAGGAUCUACAAAGUCAGAGAGUGAUAACCAAACCAGUUGUUUUCCGCGAGUAUCAAAACCACACUCAGCGACCAAUUGUGAGCAGUAAGUCGCGUUUUAAAGAUCGUUUUUUACCGCCUAUGCCGAAAUUAGAUGGUUAUGAAAAGAUGGAACAACAUUUUAGCUCACCAAACAUAGCAGACAGUGAUGAUCCUCCUGGCAUUGGAGAGCAAGAUACAAGGAAGUCAAUGUCAUUCGAUAUGGUAAAUUCCGGAAAUGACGUAGAACCAGAUAUAAUUCAUCCUAAUAGUACAGAUUCAUUGGCAAAACAAGCACUUAUGGCGGCACACGUACUGCAUCUAAUACCUGCAGACCAGGCACGGCAGCGGAAUUUUUUGCAGGGUCGAUUAGGAACAACAUCAUUAUUGGGUGCUUCGGAGUUGGAUAAAGUUUUACCUGCGAGAGAAAUUACAAUAUUUGUAGGUACUUGGAAUAUGAAUGGACAAAGUCCUCCAAAACAAAUGAACGAUUUCGUCUUACCAACUGCUGUUGAACAUGUGCCAGAUAUAAUUGUGUUUGGAACGCAGGAGUCGUGUUCCGAAAGAUUCGAAUGGGAAGUGACUCUACAAGAGACUUUAGGUCCAACUCAUAUUUUGCUUCACUCAACCAGUCUUGGGACGCUCCACUUAGCUGUGUUUAUACGAAGAGACUUAAUAUGGUUUUGUUCCGAACCAGAAGAUGCUUGCAUGUCGGUACGACCCGGCACAGCUUUUCGUACGAAAGGUGCUAUAGCGAUAUCAUUUUGUUUAUUUGGAACUUCAUUUUUGUUCGUUACAUCUCAUUUAACGGCGCAUCAACAAAAAGUUAAAGAGCGUGUUUCUGAUGUGAAAAAAAUAAUUCAUGCUUUAGAUUUACCCAGAAAUUUAACAGUGAAGUAUCGAAACAAAGAUGUAACACAAAAUUUCGACAGUGUAUAUUGGUGUGGAGACUUGAAUUUUCGUCUUAGUGAACCACGCGAAAAGUUAAUGCGGUGGAUCGAGACUACGCAAUUUCCUUUGCCUGCACAUUUACCACAUGGGUUUAUGCACACCGACCAAUUGACUUCUGUAUUAGCUGAUGGGGCCGCCUUUAAAGGAUUUCGGGAAGCGAAAAUAACGUUUCCACCAACAUAUAAGUAUGAUCCUGGCACUCAACGAUUCGAUACGUCUAGCAAACAACGUGCACCAGCUUAUACGGAUCGCAUUCUUUACAAAUUCAAACCGUUGCCAGUGACUACGGUGCACCGGCGUAUCAGCAGCGUUACCGGAGGCAAAAUAACACAUCCACCGCUACCUGUUAAAUGUAUAGCAUAUGAUUCGGUUCAAAACAUUACCACGUCCGAUCAUAAACCAGUCUGGGCAUUGUUUCGCAAUCUUAUUCGCCCCGGAGUGGACACAAUACCACUGGCAGCUGGUCAAUUCAAUCGGGACGUAUAUAUAGAAGGCAUGAAGAGAAGGCUUGAUCGCGUUGGUUCCAGUUCAUCCGCCGUGUGCAGUAUUCAGUGAUGGUAGGAUAAGUUUGCAAUGUGAUAAAAUAUUUUAGCACACAUGUGAUCAUUUUCUAGUCCCAAAAUGCUAUAAAGUUUUAUGAACGCGACUCUAGAUAAUAAUGUAGCUCUGAAAAAUAUCGGUGUAUUUGAACGAAUCUAUAUUGCUCGCGUUUGAGCUGGCCUGAAGUUAUUUAUUAUAAGAGAUUAUUUAGUUCAACACAAAAUGUGGAUACGGUAUCGACGUAACUAGCCGCCAAUCAUAGUGGACUAGAGUCUACAAAUAUAUAAUAGUUAAUUGCAAGGAAAAAGAGUUGAAAAAGCUAAUUUGUGCUUUCUAAACCCACCCUAGUUUCAUUGAUUCGACUGUUCCAUAGCACUCACUAGUCCCAAUAGUUUCAACAUUGAUAUUUUUAUGCGAUUUUUUAAAUUAUCACGGCUUUGGUCUUUUGUAUGGCGUUAUGUGAAUGAAUACGUUUAGCGCGUUUUUUUCUCUCGAAUCAAUGAUAUUUGAACACUAGGGACAUUCACCUAGGGAGCUAUUUUUAGCAGGGUGUAUGGCUAAAAUUUUACCAUUGCUUUUAUAUGAACGUACCAAACAAAGCAAAUUAAUUACGGGGCUAGUGAUACGUCCCUAUUACCUCAAACAAACUCUUGUUGGAGUUAGUCACCGUUCACUUUUAUAUCUUAAAUUCGUUUAUUUUGAAAAAUACAGAAAUUAUUUAAAUUCACUAAAACAGAUUUGAUUUUAUCUGUUUAAACAGGGCAAGAACGCGAGUACUUGCCUAUCUUGCAAAAUUCAAGAGAUAGCAUAAAUCGUGUUUAGUAUGACGAAAAAAGGUUUGCAACCCUUGCGGCCACUAAUCGAGAUCCAAACAUGAGAAGCCUAGUCGGAUUCCAUUAGCAAAUGCUAAGGAUAUAUGGCGUUUUCAGUAGUAGCCAACAAUUUACAAGUUUUGUAUUUCCUGUAUCACUCACAGGCAUGAACAAAAACUGUAAUUUAAUUUUGUUCAGAAUUGUUUUCAAUAAUACAGAAUGUUGACUUUUAGCUAAUUUAGUUAUUUUUAGAGCAUUAUAACAAAUAACAUUAGGUCAGGUGGUAUAGAUUUGAUCAUCGCUAUUAAGUACAGAAAAUAAUUUUGAUGCAAAUAUAAACGUAAUUAUAGGGAAACAAUUAGUGACGAGUUACUAGCUCGACUUAAGAGAAAAAAGACAAAAGCGAAUUCUACAGGUCUCUUUCUACCUGAAGUACUACACCUGAAGGAGAUCUAGAGUAAUGCUCAUAGCUCAAAUAAAUAAUUCCUCUUGAUCAAAAUACCAUAUUACCGUGUUUACAAAAGUUAUAGGAUUGAUUACUAUUAUUAAUAACAGCGUGGAUGUCUUUUAGAUAGCGGUUUUACAGAUGAUUUCGAAUCAAACUAUUCUCUAGUCUUAUGCUUAGGAGAAAAAGAAUCUCAAAUGAAAUGAGUUUCUAGUCAACCUUAACUAAGUCGAAUCAAGUAAUAAAUUGAAUAAGCAUAUUAAAUCUGAACUGAACUAAUAAUAUAAAUGGAUAGUGUCAUUGCAUAUCAAUUCGAUCAGGUGUUAUCUUUAUCAAUCGGCAAACACAACUGCUUAUAUUCUUAUGUUUUGCGAACACGUGCUAGCAAUAUUCACAUCUAAAAACAAAAAGGUCGUUAAAAAUGGUUUCUAAACUUUUUAUACAACUAAAUAUGAUUGGAAAUCCCAAAUUCCCAAAUCCCAAAGGAUUAUAUGCACAUGCGACAAUAUUAACAUACAACAUGCGAAAUUCGUUUUCAAUGGUCCACUAUUAUAUUUUAUUUAAUAUAGUAAUCGCUUGUCGCGUUAUCUCCAAAAAUAAAAAUACUUUUAUGAAAUGAUAAAUUUUACCACGUACUUGAGAAACAAAUGAAGCAAUGAUAAUUAGUGAUAAUAUAAGGUAAAUAUGGAGUGAGACUGUCCAGAGUUGGCCUUAUACAAAAGAAAACUUGCAGAAAAUCGAGUUAUUUCCAUUAUUGUUUAUUUAUUGAAUACAUAAACUAUUUUUUCAUAUUUCAUUCCAUGCUGACCCCACCAUUUUUCUAUAUCUAUCAGAUGUUAAAAAUAGUUAAAGAAUAUCUGUCUUACAACAACGUUUAAGGUGUAGUUAUUUUGAUU